AUGAUUCUUGGCUCUGAUGGCUUUCACGAACACCUUGCGCAGAUUAGGAUUUCAAAUAUGACAGCUUCAGAAGAUGGCCGAAAUCUUACGAUAUUUUGGUCCAUUCCCGAAGAGUAUAUGGAAACACUUGGCAAGUUGGGUGUCCAGGGAAUUGACGUGAUUUUGAACAAUGCCAAGAAAUCAAUUAGACAGAGGCUAGCCCGUGAAAAUGCCUAUCGUAAAGUGCCAACAUUAAGCUUUGUCAACGCUCCAGCAGGUGCACAAUUUAAUAAAUCGGAUCUUGAAGGUAGCCCUGAUCUGUCUGAAGAGUCCAGCCCAUCAGCCACUUCGAAAUGGGCGAAAAUGUGGCGCGAGAAGCAUAAUGCUAAAUUGAUAGCGAAACGUGAAAGAAAACGGUCACAUCAAAUGCUUGGCCUGUGGCAACUUAAUAAGGAGUUGGAGGAACUUGAAUGA